GCAGCUCAGCUGGAGUCGGCGCUGCGGGAGCGUGACGAGGCCCAACAGAAGCUGCAGGAGGUCUUGCAGAGGAGCCAGGAGAACCUCCAAGCGGCAGAUGCCAGUCGCACGCUGUCCAUGGAGAAUGAAGCUCUCCAGCAGGACUUGGCGCAGAGCAGGGAGGCAAGCAAAGAGCUGCAAUCACGACUCCAAGAGGCAGAGCUACAGGUCGAGCAGCGCAGCCAGGCCAUAGCAGAGCUGGAGCAAUUGCGUGUAGCAGAUUCGACGGCCCUCCAGCGCUUGCAGGGCGACUUGGCAUCGAUCCAGGAGACUGGGGCAUCUCAGGCAGGACAACUGGAGUCGGCUCUCCGGGAGCGUGACGAGGCCCAACAGAAGCUGCAGGAGCUCCUACAAAAAAGCCAGGAGACCGAUCAAGUCGCCGAUGCAAGCCGCACGCUUUCCACGGAGAAUGAAAAUCUCCGACAAGAGCUGGUGCAGAGCAAGCAGGCAACCACGGAGGCAGAGGCACGGCUCCAAGAGGUAACGCAGCAGCUCCAUCAGUUUGGCCAGGCGAUCACGCACUUCCAGAGUCAGCAUCAAGCAGAUGCCGCCACAAUUCAGCGACUCCAGGGCGACUUGGCAUCGACCCAGGAAGCUGGAGCCACCCAGGCAGGGCAGCUGGAGUUGGCGCUUCGGGAGCGGAACGAUGCCAACCAGAGGCUGCAGGAGGUCUUGCAGAGGAGCCAGGAGACCUCCCAAGUUGCACAUGCCGGCUCAACGGAGAACGAAAGGCUCCGGCAGGAAUUGGCACAGAGCAGGGAGGAGCUGAUGCGGUGCGUGGCAAAGCUGCAAGAUGGAGAACGCUUGCAGCUCGAAAUCCGGCGGUUGCUGCCCUUUGAAGAGGCAAGCAAAGAGCUGGAGACGCGGCUCAGAGAGGCGGAGCUGCAGCUCGAGCAGCGGAGCCAGGCGAUGACAGAGCUCCAGCGCCAGCAUGCAGCCGACGCCGCUUCAAUCCAGCGCCUCCAGGGCGACCUCUUGUCGAUCCAGGAGACAGGAGAGUCCCAGGCAGGACGGCUAGAGUCGGCACUUCUGGAGCGCAACAAAGAGUGCGCGACACUGCGCCGGGAGCGUAACGAGGCCCAACAGAAGCUCCAGGAGGUCUUGCAGAGGAGCCAGGAGAACCUCCAAGUGGCAGAUGCCGGCCGGGCACUUUCCACUGAAAAUGAGCGGCUCCAGCAGGAGUUGGCGCAGAGCCGGGAGGAGCUGAAAUCCUUGAACAGCGUGGUGGAGCGGUGCGUUGCAAAGAUGGAAGCUGAGAGUCGUGAACGUCCAUUCCUCGUGGACAAGCGCAUGGUCACACAAAUGCUUGCAGCCUAUUUGGAGCAGCGGGAGAAUCCGGGCCCGCAGCUGGAGAUUCUGAACAAGAUGGCUGACCUCCUCGGCUUCACCUCAGCUGAACGCGAGCAGGUCGGCUUGUCACAGAAGCGGAAGACACCGCUGCAGAUGCAGGAACCACAAGGCCUCGCGGACCUGACCGACCGCUUUGUCGAUUUUCUGAUGGAGGAGUCGGAAGCCGGCUGA